AUGGGCGCUCAAGAUUCCCGACGCGCCAUGAGAGAGCUGCGCCUCGUACCCGCCGGGCCCCUGACCUCCCUGGAUUCUCGGGAUGCCAAGGUGCCCGCACAGCCAGUGGACAGAGUCGUGCUAAGACGCACCACCAUGACGUCUCUAAAUGAACGCUUUGCUCAGCUGCGGAGGAAGACACGGCCACAGCGGGUGCCAGGGAACGCCGCUGCCUCCAGGAGGCUUCAGCAGCAGCUCGCCAGUGCCAGAAACAGAAGACUGGCCCAGCAGAUGGAGAAGAGACCCUCUGUCCGGGCAGCGUUAAGCCCUGGGCAGAUCUUGGAGGGGCGCCUGGGUGAGAGGAGCGUCCUGGUCCGAUUAGGACGUCCCACGGGUGCCCUCGCCAGGGGAGCGAAUGGAGGAAGAGGCGCAGGCAGCAUCCAGAGAGACCUGCCCCCCGGUGGAGGAGCAAGUGGGGGACCUGGCGCCAGAACCCUGCCCUGGGGCGGCGUGGCACCCCCCGGUCGAGCUGGGUUUGGUCGUGGAAGAGGGGCUUUUGGAGCCCGAGGCCGAGGCCGAGGCCGCGGCCGUGGACGUGGGCGAGGCGGAGGGAGAGGUGCCCUCCCUCGCCCUGCACUGACCAAGGAGCAGCUGGACGCCGAACUAGACGCAUACAUGGCAGAGGCGAGAGCGCCCCUGGAUGCUGAGUUGGAGGCCUGCAUGGCAGAGGCAGCUCCCCAGACCUGCGACUGA